UAUAUAUAAUGUCUAUAUAAUAUGUAUUAACAGAGGAAAAAAAUAAUAAUUAACCCACUUUUAUUUGGGUCAAACCAGAUCGACAAACUCAUAAAUUAUUAUUAUAAAGGUAAGCAAGAAGAAUUUUUUUUUUUUUUUUUUUUUUUUUUUUUUUUUUUUUUUUUUUUUUUUUCGAAAGAUAGGAAUUUUGAUUGUUAGCCCAUCAGAUCUAUUCGUCUCCUUCAUCUAUCGGUAAACAAACCCACGUCAGUACCUCACGGUUGCCGGGCAAGGCAAGUAUAUCCCUUUUAUCCCAGCAGGCAAAGCACAGAGACCUUCUUCCGGUCAAACCAUAUUUCCGCUAGAGAGAGAAAGAGAUAGAGCUAGAGUGAGAAAGAGAGAGAUAAUGGCAAAGUCCGAAACGAACUUACGGCACCUAGAUCUCCUUCCCUCGGCUCUCCUGGCGACCAUCGUGAUGAAGCUCGAUGUCCCAUCCAUCCGCUCCGUCGCAUCCACAUGCAAGUCCUUCAGGACCUGCGCUUCUCAAAUCCUUUCAUUCCUCCCCAAUUUCCACCUCCUCGACGUCGCGCUCUCAAUCGAUUUGUUGAGGCCUUUGUUGCCUCCAAACCCUUACCUAGGAAGCCUCAUGGUCGAUUGUACUCGCCUCGAUGAUUCCGCCAUUGAUUCUCUCCUUCGCCCUUCUUUGCACGAGCUUUCCCUUCACAAUUGCGCCGAUUUCAGCGGCAAGCUUCUUUCUGAGAUUGGAGUUAGAUGCAACGACUUAAGGUCUCUAUACUUGAGUACAGUUGCAGAAAAAAGAGGACGAUCACUUCUUGUUUCUGAUCUAGAGGCGUUGCUAAGUGGUUGCACUGAAUUAGAAAGCCUGAUCCUGAUGUUUGAUGUCUCGAUAUUUCUUCGUCAUAAUUUUGCUCGUGCAUGGGCGUUGGCUUCCUCGAAACUUACUUCUCUUGAGAUUGGGUACAUAUCCUCUGUAAUGGUGACAGAAUUGUUAAGCCCCACUGUUGGGCCCCAUCAGUCACCAAAGCAUAUUCGUCCAUCCAUAUUGCCAAGUAUUCGAAAAUUGUGCCUUUCAGUAGAUUAUAUUACUGAUACUAUGGUCAGUACAAUAUCAAGAAGUCUCAACUCCUUGACCCAUUUGGAUCUUCGGGAUGCACCCAUUAUAGAACCAACAGUUACAUUUGACCUCACCGAUUCUGGCCUUCAACAGAUCAAUCCACAUGGGAAAUUGAAACAUCUUUCCUUAGUCCGAAGCCAGGAGUUUGUCCCUACCUAUUUUAAGCGAGUUAAUGAUCUUGGGAUCCUCCUAAUGGCUGACAGAUGCUCGAGUAUGGAAAGUAUAUGUCUUGGUGGCUUCUGUCGGGUUACAGAUACAGGUUUCAAAACAAUCUUGCAUUCUUGCUCGAGCUUAUACAUGCUUAGAGUAUCCCAUGGGACCCAACUAACUGAUCUGGUAUUUCUCGACAUCUCUGCGACUUCCCUUUCCCUGACACAUGUUAGCUUAAGAUGGUGUAAUCUCUUGACAGACCACGCAGUCAUGCGUUUGGCAUCAAACAUGGAUCUUAGUGUUCUCGAUUUAAGGGAUUGUAGGAACCUUGGAGAUGAAGCCCUCAGAGCCAUCAGCACUCUUCCUAAGUUAAAGACACUACUAUUAGACGGUUCUAAUAUAAGUGAUGUGGGUUUGUCAUACUUAAAACACGGGGUGAUAAGUUCGCUAGUUUCAAUGUCCCUUAGAGGUUGCAAGAGACUCACAGACAAGUGCAUCUCUUUUCUAUUUGAUGGCUCUUUUACAAAGGAGCUGCAAGAACUGGACCUAUCAAAUCUUCCAAAUCUCUCUGAUGCUGGUAUCUUGUUACUUGCAAAAAGUCGGGUCCCAAUUAUUGAACUUCGAAUGCGACAAUGUCCACUUAUAGGUGACACUUCUAUCAUGGCAUUAGCCUCAAUGCAGGUUGAGAGGGAUGGAUGGCGUGGAAGUACCUUGCGGAUGUUGGAUCUUUACAACUGUGGCGGCAUUACUCAACUUUCAUUCAGGUGGUUGAAAAAGCCGUACUUUCCAAGGCUGAGAUGGUUGGGAGUGACGGGAAGUGUGAAUCGAGACAUGGUAGAUGCUUUGGCCAGAAGUAGACCAUUCUUGCAUGUGGCUUGUCGUGGGGAAGAGCUGGGGACCGACCAAUGGGAUAACUCCGAUGAUCUCUACAUGCAUGACUAUGAAGAAGUGGAUGAACUUGAGCAAUGGCUUCUUGAAGGAGAUAUCGGCAGUGAUGAUGAGGAGAUGGAGGAAGCUGAAGUUAAUGCAGAGAUGGUAGAAUAAUUUGCUCUAUAUUAAUAUUUAUGUGGUUCUCUCUGGUGUUUUAUUGUUUCACUGCUGCUUGUCUGUAUUAUAAAUAAUGUGAUUCUUAAUUGCUGAGUCGUGAAUUUAUCAGUGUGAACUUCCAUGUACAUCAGCGGUUUGUUGUAUCUUUUUCUUUCUUUCGGUUAGUCUGUUUCGCUGUAUCAACUGGCAACUAAGGUUUAUCUUGUAAAUUUCUAAGCACAAUUACUAAUGCAGGUUUACUAAUCAAAAAAAUUACUAAUGAGGGUUUUAAUUUUACAAUCUA